GCUCUGACGCGUACGACCAUUAGUGUGCUAAAUUCGUUCUUAGCGGCGUGUUUUACCAUUACCGAAAUGAAAUUAUUCGUAUGCUUAUUGGCACUUAGUGCCUUAACGGCAUCCGCCCAUGCGGGAUUACUUGGAUUAUUAGGUGGCAUUAAAGGAGGCGGCGGCUACAGCGGUGGCGGCGGCUACAGUGGUGGUGGUGGCUACAGCGGUGGCGGCGGCUACAGUGGUGGUGGCGGCGGUGUCCAAGUCGUCAAAGUCAUUUCAACCGGCGGCGGCGGUGGCGGCUACAGUGGAGGUGGUGGCUAUGGUGGAGGCGGCUAUGGUCAUGGUGGUGGCGGCUACGGAGGUGGCGGCUAUGGCGGUGGUGGCUAUGGCGGUGGCAGCUAUGGAGGCGGUCACUCCGGUGGCGGUGUUCAAGUCAUCAAAGUCAUCUCAAGCGGAGGUUAUGGCGGCGGCGGUUAUGGUCAUGGUGGUGGUGGCUACGGAGACGGUGGCUACGGUCAUGGUGGUGGUGGCUACGGAGGUGGCGGCUAUGGCCAUGGCGGUGGUAGCUACGGAGGCGGCAGUUACGGCGGUGGACACUCUGGUGGCCAAGUUCAAGUCUACAAGGUCAUAACAUCAUCUGCUGGAGGCGGCAGCUAUGGCGGCGGUAGCUACGGCGGCGGUAGCUACGGUGGCGGCUGGGGCGGUAGCGGCGGCAGCGGAGGCUGGGGCGGUUGGGAUCGGAAGAAGUAAGUUAUGGAGUCUCAUUGCCGGACAAUAACUACCAUUUGCUUUUCCUGGAUGCCAUAAAUUCGAUUUGCAUCUAAAGGAUUUGAAUCACUGCCACGUUUUUUUGUUCUUUGAAUGUUCAAAUCGAAACGCUAAGAACGUUUUUAUGUACAAUACAACCUUUUCUUAAAUAAGCUGUUAACGAUUAAGCAUAGAAUAAUAAUUCAAA